GUUACGGACCAGAGCAGCUGUGGCGGGAGUGGAUCACUUCUUGCACCUCAACCACAUCAUCGACACUACGCAGUCUAUAACAGCCUACCCUCACCCGAGACAUCAUUAUCAUGGCCCCCAGUGCAGAUGAUCGCACCUCAACAGGUAAUGGCGUGGCGAAGGCUGGAAUGAACAGAAAUGGACAAGUCCAUAUCUCUUCAGCGGAAGUAAUCCGCCUCGAGCACGAGUAUGGCGCACACAACUACCACCCGCUCCCAGUCGUGUUCGAGUCCGCGAAAGGUGCCAAAGUAUGGGAUCCGGAAGGCAGAGAGUACAUCGAUAUGCUGUCUGCGUACUCGGCCGUUAAUCAGGGCCAUUGCCACCCGAGGAUCGUCAACACCUUAAUUCAGCAAGCCCAGAAGCUGACGCUCUCCUCUCGCGCCUUCUACAACUCGGUCUUCGGCCAGUUUGCGCAGAAGAUGACGCAGGUGUUCGGCUAUGACAUGGUCCUUCCGAUGAAUACAGGCGCGGAGGCGGUUGAAACUGCCAUCAAGCUGUCGAGGAAAUGGGCAUACACGAAGAAAGGCGUCGCGGACGGAAAGGCUAUCGUCCUCAGUGCUGAGGGAAACUUCCAUGGGAGAACCAUCGGCGUUAUCAGUAUGAGUACGGAUCCGGAGAGCCGCAGCGGAUUUGGGCCCUAUCUCCAGGCCGUCGGUCCGACAUAUGAUGAUGACGGGGAGAUUAGGACGAUACGGUACGGGAAGAUAUCCGAUCUUGAACGCGCUCUUGAGCUGCAUGGAAAGGACGUGGCAGCGUUUCUUGUGGAGCCCAUUCAAGGGGAGGCUGGUAUUGUAGUUCCGCCCGCCGGAUACCUCGCGAAGGUUCGCGAGCUCUGCGUGAAGCACAACGUCUUGCUCAUUUGCGAUGAAAUUCAAACGGGCCUCUGCCGAACAGGAAAGAUGCUGUGCCACGAGCACGACAACAUCAGGCCUGACAUCGUACUCUUGGGAAAGGCACUUUCUGGAGGAGUUUAUCCCGUCUCGGCCGUCCUGGCUGACAGAGACAUCAUGUUGUGCAUCCAACCUGGAGAGCACGGUAGCACAUACGGCGGAAACCCACUGGGUUGCGCGGUGGCAAUGACUGCUCUGGAUGUGCUAGUAGACGAGGACCUAGCCAACCGCGCAGAAGUCCUUGGGGAGAAAUUCCGCUCAGCCAUCCAGGCCAUCAAGUCACCGCUGAUCAAGGCCGUUCGCGGCCGUGGAUUGUUGAACGCGCUCGUAAUCGAUGAGCAGACAAGCUCCAAGGGUCGGACUGCGUGGCAAUUCUGUCUGCUUCUCAAGAGCAGGGGCGUACUUGCCAAGCCCACACAUGUCAACAUCAUCCGCUUUGCGCCACCACUGGUAAUUUCCGAGGAGGACCUCAUGAAGGCAGUUGAUAUAAUCAAAUCGUCCCUGGAGGACCUGGACAAGCUUGAUAACAUCCCAGGCGAAGUAGAAAGCGAGAAGGGACACAAGGAUACCCUUACACUUUGAGGAACAUUUCAAUGCCUAUUGCCCCCGCUAGGACUCAGUAUGCGCGUUGUCAUCCGAUCUGGUCAAGAUUAUGAUCCCACGUCAUGUAUCGUUACCUAUCCCUCUCGUAAGGCAGCCUGUACCCAAGCCUCAUCAUGUGUAGCACAGCGGACAAUCUACGUUCGACUCAUUAUCUCCCGCGAUGCUCUGUGAGCGGGUAGCCUAUCUCUGCGGCGUCGAGAUCAAAUCUAUGGAAUUGACC